AUGGCUUCCAUCCCAGUCCCACAAGCAUCCGAAAAGCCCUCCGGGCCAACCGCUUUCGCCCCAUACCUCGAUACCGUCGCUAACAUCUUUCACCCUGUGACUGGACCGGUAUUAAAUACUUAUGGGAGAUUUCACGGAUGGAAGGAAUCGAUGGGUUUGGUUCAGCCUGGAACGGUGGAGAACUUGACUAGGGAGGUGCAACAGGUUCAGCUUGCGAACUGGUCAUUUGACGGUGCAAGAGCAGACGUAGCUAAAGUCGUAUCUGCGAACCCCGCUUUCCAACUCACCCACUCCUUCUCCCUUGGAUCCACUACCCGACCUCCCGCUUACAACUUUGGUGCUAUCUUUGCUAACGCUAAGACCUUCCUACAAGGUGGUGUUGAUGGUUCCGGUACCGUUACGAUGCGAGCAAACCAGACUUGGGCUCCUACAGAUAUCACCAAAGUACAAGCUCAGCUCACUAACAAAGCCGGUCAAUCGAUGUUGCAAGUUGAACACGACCACCUGGGGCCUCAUUACACAUUCUCAUGGAAAUCGAUGAACCCCGGUAUACUUGAUGGAACCGGUAUCCACAUUGCCUCUUUACUCCAUUCAUUCUCUCCUCGACUAUCAUUAGGUUUCGAGACCGUCAUUCAACAUCCUCAACCAUCUAUCUUGGAGACCGCUACUUCCUACGUUGCCAAAUUGACUUCUUUACCCAACCCAAUUGAGCAACUCACCCCAACCGUUCCAGGACAGCCUACGCCAUUCUACCCAUCCUGGACUGCUACCGCUCAAUUACAACCAUCAGGAAACGUCCAAGCUACAUAUUACCAAAAACUGAGUGAUAAAGUUGAUGUCGCCUUGGAUUUACAAACCAUCAUUCAACCUGCCUCGAUGCUUGGUCCAGCCAAGAGAGAAGCGUUGGCCACUUUGGGUGCCAAAUACGAUUUCAGAAUGGCAACUUUCAGAGGUCAAAUUGAUUCAGCGGGUAAAAUCGGAAUGUACCUCGAACAGAGAUUCACACCUGCUUUCGCUUUCUUGGUGGCCGGUGAGAUCGACCAUGCCAAGAACGCAUCGAAAUUCGGUGUUGGUAUCAUGAUUGAAUCUUCAACGAUGACUCAAGAAGAGAUGAUCGCUGCUGGUAUGUUGACUCCUGUAUAG